UAUGUAAGUUCAUUAGGUAGGUCAAGUAAGGAGCGAGCCAGAUUGCUUUUGGUGCGCCUUUGCCUUCGAUUAAGGAAAGCACGCCGGAAAUCUCGGGAGAUGGCAGACGUGGCUUCUCGUCCAGGAAGCAUCACGCGCUCUUUGUGCUUUUAAUUCCAGUAUACAGCUAGAGCCGGUCCAGUUUUUGGGCAGCUUUGGGCACGGUCUUUUGCAUCCUCCAAACCCACGUCCCCUCUUCGGUCUCCUGGCUCCGACUUCUCUGCAUCGGCCGGAAAUCCAAUACUUAUUGAUCGAGCAUUUGCCUAUCUCAAAGGCCUUCGGAGCACCCAUCAGCCACGGGAAGCGAUAUCGACUUGAACAUGGAAUUGUCCACGAGAGCUAUAGGAGAGGUCGUCCACCCCACCGCAGCUUUCUACCAACCUCCUUCAGAGGUUGGAGAAACUCUAGAAAGUCUUAGCCCAGCAGAUUCCGUCGUUGAGUCUACGUGGGAAAAUUCUCUCUUGAACCCGAAGAACCGGAUUGAUAGCCUUGAUUUACCUCAGAAUCCUUUAUGGCGUGUAGAUGGCUGUGCUGGUUUGGGAACGCAGUACUAUGUCCUUCCGCUUUUUCUUCAAAAAAUCCCUCCCAUGCGCAUGGACGUGUUUGUUUCCAAUUUUCAACCCACUCUCAUUCGUGAGCAGCUCGAACUUCACAGGGCGUUCCAUACCAAAGACGCUAUUCGAUUGCCUAGACUUGCUAUCACAAAACAUAUCGUCCGAAUCCUACAGAUCUGGACUACUUCCGAAUUCAAGGACCUCGCGGCUUUCGAAGACUUUUACAAAAGCGUGCCUUUCGGAUCACGUCUAGUCUUGGAAGAUAUGUCUCUCGAUGUGCGGCGAGUUCGUAUCAAAGUCGGCCUCAACCAUAAUCUGGAGCAUAAGCUGCUACCAUUUUCGAGAUUGGCGGACCUCUGGGGAUCGGACUUUCCGUUCCCCCAAGUGAUUGACUUCUUCGAUCUCCAUGUUGUCAGCAUCUUACACGAUAGCGUCUGCCUCGUCCGAAUAAACGAGCAACUCUGCAUAUUCAAAGCAUUGACCAGCGGGGCGAAAUACCUCUACCACGAGUUGAAAACGCUCUGUACAAUCGAACCACAUGAGAACAUCAUCGUACGGCCAAUGCAUAUAGUCACAAAGAGGUGCAACUUCGGCACCAAAAAGGCUGUUGUCGGGUUCACUACGUUCUAUCACUCGAAAGGCACCCUCCGAGAUGUCCUACCCCUCUCGCGCGCCCAUGGCCAAUUACGACGUGUCGAUCAGUUGAAGUGGUCGAUCCAGCUGACCAAGGCUCUUGAGCAUUUGACUCGCUCAGGGAUAUACUAUCCCGAUUUGCGACUAGAUAAUAUUGUCCUAUCAGAGAGCUCCAACAUUAUUAUGGUCGAUUUCGAGCAGAGAGGAGUCUGGUGCGAGUUUUCAGCCCCCGAAGUCAAUGCCAUCGAAUACAUCCGUUUGAUUGCGACCGACGAAUGUGUGUCCGAAUCUGUGAGCGCGAAGUAUCGAAGGAUGUUGCAAGAUCUGCUACCUUCCUUCGAAUCACUAGAGGAUGAAAGAUACACAAAUCCUAAAGACGGAUUUAACUUACCUUGGAUUGCGCUUAGCGCGGCAGAGCAAGAGGCCGCUGAAGUAUACAUGCUCGGCAGGGUCCUAUGGUGCAUUUUCGAAGGGGUCAGCGGUCCUCAGAAAGCAGCUGUUUGGCAAUCGUAUCGAUGGGAACCCGAUAUCGAAUUCCCCGAGUAUAAGAGGACCCCUCCUGCCAUGAGGGAUCUGAUAGAUAGAUGCACCAGAGGCAGAAGAGGCACACUCAGCAAUACCAUAAUGAGACAGCACAGCCAACUCUUUUUAACAGCCAAGGACGCCAAGGAACAAAGCGCCGACGACGUUAGAGAAGCUGCAAAGCGUUUCUGGUUUGCUGAGAUCGAUGAAGCAGAGAGGUUCCUGGCACUCCGAAGCUCUCAACGUCUUAAAGGGGAGUGGAAUGACAACUACUAUGGUCGGCCAACUCUGAAAGAAGUCUUGGAGGAUCUAGAAGCAUUUCAGAUCCAAGCUCUUUAGGGUUGUGUAAGGAGCCUAGGUCAACAUUUCAGGUUCAACAGCCUAGUCCUCCCUCGCUUCUCGAUGGAAGCCAACAGUAAGACAGCUUGAAUCAUAUGCCUUUAAAGAACUUUAGUAUCUCAUAGAGAUCAUCUAUUAUAAACAGUGUUAAACUAACUUUUCUAGAAUUGCCUAAUUCGAUGAAAAUGUGGCAUGAAUGCCACAACGUAACUUACCUUAGGUGAUGCUAACAUAUGUGAACUUCACCAUCUUAGACCAUUCAGAUAUACAGUUUAAGUAAGAUAUCGAGCUCCUUGGUUAGGUGCCCCGAGAAAACUAAAGGAACUCUAGAUCAAAAGUGUACCUUGCUUAGUU